GAUGGUGAACUUGGUGAUGUCAGAUGUCAUUAGCAUAUUUCUGACUAUAUCUGAUGCCUUGCGCAAAGACGCGCCACUACUGCUGCAACGCGCUGACCAGAGAGCAUCCAUCCAUCCAUCCAGCACAUCGGCACACACUUUCGAUUACCUGCAACAAUGAGUGACAAACCCGACGUUAAAGAGGUGGAAAGCUUCGACAAGACCAAGCUAAAGAAGACGGAAACAAAGGAGAAGAAUCCUCUGCCUACAAAAGAUGACAUCUGUCAGGAGAAGGCGGAGGCGCAAUCGUGAAGCCCCUCCCUCCCAUCAUGCACUGUACACCCCCUCUUCCUCCUCCCGCAUUGCCUUGUUUUCAGCCACUUCUUUUUAGAUGUAUAACUUUGUAACCGAAAAAUGAUGAAACGACGACAAUAACCACGCCGCACAGCCCCCCGUGGGCGGGCGAUGCUUUCCUCGCGAAGGGCGGUCGGCCCCGUCCCCUCGACGCGUACCACCUCUCCCUCUCUCCGAGGAUGAGGAGGAUUUGUGCGGGCUGCGGGAAAGGUGUCUUCAACGGGCGCCCGGACGUGCAGCAGAGAGGCCUAAGGGACAGGGCGUGGCCUGCGUUCCAGGAAGCUCAUCACCCGUCUCGCCCACCAUCACCAUCACCACCGCCCAACUUCCUGUGUGGCUGCUUCUUCGCCCCAAGCUGAGGCGUCAAGCUUUUUUUUUUUUUGUUGCUUUUAUUGUUUCUUCGUCUUCUAAUUUUCGGAAAAAAAAAUGCACAACUUUGUUUGUACGCUGGCCAAAAUGUAAAUGCCCCAAAAAAAAAAAAAAAUGUCUGUCACAAUUGUUUUUUCUUUUGUAUGUACACGAAGAUAAAAAAAAAAAUGCAACGGAUUCCAUCUAGAUCUGGGAGAUGCUCAAAUGGACCUUAUGUACGGUUAUUUUAACGCCCCUUUUGUCAGGAGUGGUUUCGGGAUAGCUUUUGUGUUGUCUCUGAAUUGUCUCGAAUGAGGAAAAAGGUAAUCAAAAAAAAAUAUAUACCGGCAAUUGAUUCUAUUUGUUUGCUUUUUCAACAGUCGAUCAAACUUCCUCAAAUGUUACUCUGCCACAAAACCAUUAGCACAAAAUGGAAAAACCGUGAAAUGUUGUAAUAAAAAAAGAAUUUGUUACUAAA